AUGGCAUCGGUGCAGAUGGGUGUGCAAGGGGUCACAACCCCCUUCAGGGAUGAAGCAGCCUUCACUGCCACCUUCAAGGCUUGCUUCGGCAAUCUCGACGAUGAGGCGGCAGCACAAGUAGAGCUGGCGAAGCUCUGCGCAGACAAGUCGGUCCGUGAGAAACGCACUGCUGCAAAAUUCUCUGCACUGUUCAAGGGUCUGGCAGACCGUUCCAGAUAUGGAGACCUGGAACUAUGUGACAAGUACCUGAGCAGCAUCCCCUCCCGUGACAAGCCUUAUACAAAAUGCGCCGAUGCGCGGGCUACGGUUGCCUCGGGCUCCACCCAGGUGGUGACAAGCGCCCCCAUCACUUCACCCUCGGCAAGUAUAAGUGCUGCUUCAGCGAAAUCUGAGCAAUCGGAGCUGGCGGACUUAAUGGCACAGGUGAAGUCAAUGCACGAGGAGCUCGAGCACUAUCAGGCAAUGAAGGAGGAGGGUUUUUGA